UUCAUGACUAAAAAAUUGAAAGGAACUUAAGGUGUGGCGUGAUCUUUGCGAAAGUUUAAUUUUCUACAAUGGCUGCAACUUUAAAACCGUAUCUAACAGCGGUGCGUCACACGCUCACUGCCGCUAUGUGCUUAGAACACUUUUCAUCGCAAGUUGUCGAGAAAUACACCAAGCCGGAGGUCGAAGUUAGAACAAGCAAAGAACUUUUACUCAAUCCUGUUGUUAUUUCAAGAAAUUCUAAUGAAAAAGUAUUAAUAGAGUCUUCAAUAAAUUCAAUUAGGGUGAGUAUUAUGAUCAAGCAGGCGGAUGAGAUAGAGAAAAUUCUUUGUAAAAAAUUUAUGCGGUUCAUGAUGAUGAGAGCUGAAAACUUCAUUGUAUUAAGGAGGAAACCAGUUGAUGGGUACCAUAUCAGCUUUUUGAUUACUAACUUCCAUACCGAACAGAUGUAUAAGCAUAAAUUGGUCGAUUUUGUAAUAUACUUUAUGGAAGAAAUUGAUAAAGAAAUCAGUGAAAUGAAAUUGGCUGUCAAUGCAAGAGCCAGAAUUUGUUCGGAAGAAUUCUUGAAGAGAUUUUAACUACUUCUUUCAGUGAUAGAAUGAAACAUCUUUAUUGUACAUAGAGUAUGAAUUCAUGUGAAAAAUUUGUUGCUUUGAUGGCUAUGUAAUUUUAAUUAGUGAUGGAAUUCAUAUAACCUUCAUAGACAAAUAAAUUGUAUCAUUACAAAAAUGACAUUUAAAUAUGUAAUUGUAGAAGAAACUAGAUUUUUUCUGAACUUAUUCUUUGAUAGCCUAAAGGCCUAUUCCAGGUAAGCACAGAUGGGUAGGUGCUUACAGGCUACAAUUGAACUAUUAAAA